AUGGCCGAUGAUAGUGCAGAUCCCGAAGUCAUUGUGGCCUUGGUAGCCCUGAUCAUAUCUCUAGUCGCGCUGGCAGCCACCUUCAUGCAAGUCUUGCAACAAUACUAUGCCUCUGCCGCAGGAUACGCCCAAUGCAACGAGAAAGUAAUGGGAAAAUGGGCCUUGACAAAAACCCGCCGCUUCUCAUGGGACGAACUCCGUUUCGAGGUCGAAUUCGAAGCUCCCGUCAUUUUCGUUUCGCCGCCAGAUAACAAAAACGGUCCCAUUAUCGACUCUCAGAUCUAUUUCUUGGACGGUAGUCAAGAGAGUCUGGACGCUACCUGGUCUGAGCUGGCUAUCAAUUUGAGAGAAGAAUACGCCGCCAAGACGAGACGAGAACGUGUUCACACUGCCGAUAACGAGCGAGCUUCAUGGACGCUACUCCUUAGUGCGGUGCAGCGCAUGGAGCACGACUCGGAGAAGUGGCAGAAGACACAAUAUGAGGAAAUGAAUAAGAUCAUUGGUCCUCCUAGUACGUCCGAACAGCGUGAUAUUUCACCAGAGCCUCCAAGUUUAUACGAUGCGCAUACUUUGACGGUGGCUCUUCAGCGCAAGCGCAAGAGUUGGGAUACAAUGCCUGCGACUGUUCUUCGGCCGUAUGCGACGACAACAAUGUGCCAUCUUAUCGAGAUGUUGGCUGCAUUGGGUAUUUACUGGAAGGAAUUCGACCGCAGACGUGAUCGCUACCGCGCUGAAGGCAAUGGGUUUAUGGUCGUUGGCGAAAAGGUAGCUGAUUUGGGGUUGAUGUUUACGUUCAGUAUCUAUGGAAGAAGUCGCUUUGAGUCCAAUCGAGUGAUUCCCGUGGACCAAGUCAAGGAACUUUGCUUUGGCUAUGUGUCUACCAUUUACAGUGUGCUGUUGGAUCAGCGACGUCUUCAAUUCCCUGAAGAUGAUCCUGGAAACCUGGCUUUCCUACAGCUAGCUACUCGUGAGGAGAUUUCUCAGACUCUGAUUAGAAUUGGUUGCAAUACCAAUGCUGUUCGUGCUUUCCAGGAUGCUGGCAAGCAUACGUCGCAUCUGUUUCCUGUCUCAUUCGAGAUUCUUGGUAUGCUGAGUCGGACGUUCCAUAUCAAGAACACCAUGUUCACCCAUAUUCCCAACCCAACUUCAGACCGCUGGGACAAACAAUCGGUGUCACUCUACAAAGUCAUGGACGCUUACUACGAUCUUGUCGAGGUCCCACUAACAAGGGCGCAACGAAAUCCAGUCAUCGUCAAGAGGAUCAGGAAGCACGCCGACAAAAUUCUGGGAUACAACAAAGACGAGAGCACAGCGCAGAAGAUGUCUGUUCUUAGGGCACUUCACGAAGCCAUUGACGACUGCGAUCAAAUUCUGACGGCCAAGGAGCCUGCUGGUACCAUUACCCCCUAUGCAGAGGCGAACGGGCUCAAAGUACACGAGAGCGAGGUCCAGAAGAAGCGACGAGAAAUGGUCCAAGAUGUUCUAAGAUCGCAUAUCCAGGAGGUUCUACGUCUUCUUAAUGAUGGCGAAGAUCGUUCGUCAGAUGUGACAUCUUUACAUGCCGAGUGGAGCCCGUCAACUCGACCAGAUGCACAACCUAGAGUCACACCCCUUGGGUUCGAAGACAUGCACGAAGCUAGCCCCGACGAGAGACAGCACAAAUUCAUGGAAGUCUACUUCCACGUCAUCCGCGAAAAAGUCAUUCCUCGCGCCGAACGCUCAACAGAUCGUCGAGCAAGCAUCGUCGGCGCCCCUCCAGGCCACGGUUUCCGCAGAGCAGGAACCGGUCGAACUCAAGCAAGCAGCAUGCGCGGUCAGGAACGCGGCCACUCUCCCCCACCACCGAUGCCAGCACCUCGUCUUCACAGAAGCGCAGAGAACAUGACUCUAAACACCGUACCCAAUGGUCGUCCGUCUGUGUCUACAAGUAGACCCGGCAGCGCUAUGAGCGAAGCUGUUUCUAUGCUUAGUGAGGUUCCGGAGGGAAGAAUUGAGAGUGCGUUUCUUUUGUAG